AAUAUUAUAAAAAAGAGAUUGUUAAACAAGUUAAAGUAUUUAAAAAAGGAUUAGAAAAAAUUGAAGAUGAAAAAAAUAUUUUAGAUAAUAAAGAUACAAAUGAUGAUGAUGAUAAUAAUUUAGAUGAAGAAGAAAAUAAUAAUAAAAUAAAAGAAGAUAUAGAUAAUAAACUUCAAAUAGCUUUUAAUACUAUUAAUCAAUAG